AUGGAAAGUCUUGCAUCCAGUUUUUGAUGUUAUUGCCCAAACAAACAAUUUUGUAUGAUGUAACCUACACUUCUGUCAACGGUGCUGAACAUGGACCAUGUUAGCACCAUGGACAGAGGCCAGGGGGCACUCUAUACAACUUCUUCUUGCAAUUGUCCGAUAUUUAUGUUGAUCGCAAGUAGACCUGCAAUCAUUAGUUGAUUAAUCCAUUAGUUGAACUGAUCAGAACGGAAAAAUAAUUGGUAGCUAUUUUUGUGAAGAAUUUAUAGAUUUACGGUUUGACCAUUGGUCGUCAAAUUUGAAGACAUUACUUUAGAUCUAGUGGACUGUGAACCUCCAUUUAACACACUUUGGAAACUCUUAGUUUUCAAUAAAUAUAAAAAAUAUAUUAUUCACAUAGCCAUAUAUUAUGAAGCGUUUUCUCCAGACAACCUCCAGAGGGCGACAGGUUACUACACUGGAAAGGCUGGGAUAUUAUAUUUUCGAGAGGUGUCAAAACACUGCAACCUCGCAGCUGCGGGUCUGUCAACUCGGGAGUGUAACAGCGGAAAUUAAAGCCCGCAAUGUUCAAUCCACACAUCCAUCAGCAGCAGCAGCAGCAACAGCAGCAGUUUCACCAGCACCUGCGGCAGCUACAACAACUUUUCCAGCAGCAGCCUCCGCCUCCUCCACCGCAGCCACCUCCGGGGCAUCAUGUCGCCCAUCACCACCACCAGACACCGCGAGCCAUUCCUGUGCCUCCCCAGACAGCACCUCCUCCCAGAAUGGUCAACCUGUGCCAGACGACCCAGACUACCCUCAUCGCCCCCAAUCCCAUGCUGCAGGGGGCCUUACUGAUGCAGCAGAUGCAGGGUAACAUGCGGAACUUUGGGAUGGGUGGCCAGCAGUUCCGUCAGUUCUUCACAGCUGGGGCCAGGUCGUCUCUGCUCGGCCCGGUUCCCAUGGGCAUGGCUAUCAAGUCCCCCAUCAUGGGUUUCCCAGCUGCACGAGCCUUCCACCCACACGCUCGCUACUACAACAACAGUAACACUGCCACCGCCACCACCACCACGACCACCAUAGCCCCUUCCACCUCCUCCUCCUCGUCUUCAUCCACCACCACAGACACCACAGCUCGCCAGCCAGACAGGAAGCGAGACAGCGAGCAGAUGGCAACGGGCAGCACAGACAACCAGCCCACAGCUAGCAGUACCAAUGAACCCGAUGACAAAUCUGAAACAGAUGGUGCAGUGGGAGGAGUGGAUGGACCCACACAGAUCUUGGAAGAGCAGCUUGAAGAACCUGCUGUGAAAAAGCAGAGGACAGAGGAGUCAGAAAGUAUCAUUAUUCCAGAUACAGAUGGGGAAGUUCUUUCUUCAGAGUGCAACAGCAACACAGAGAGCCAUCCUGAAGAUGCCAUCACUCUGGAAGAAGGAGGCUCUACGGGGGAAUCAGAUGUUAUUGAGGCACUGGAGGAGAGCAGAGCUGAUGAGGUGCACAGCUGUUUGUCUGCCCCAUCACCUUCUGGCAGGCUGAGUGAGGAUGACCAGCAGGUUAGUUUACUCCCAGAGGAGACUCCACAGGGAAAAGAUGCCUCCUUGGAUUCACCAGGCAACCAGGAUGAAGGGGACGAAGGUGUAGCGGAGGGCGCCACCAAGUUCUACUGCUACCUCUGCAGCAUUACCUGCCACAACCAGCAAAACUUCAGGAGUCAUAUGAACAGCAUUUCCCACCAGCAGAGGAUGAUGGAGAUCCAACACAUGAGCAACGCCUGUCUGGUCACGCUGCUGCCACGAGUGCAGGAGUCUCUACAGGGAGCAAACAAAGAUGGAGAGAAAAAAGCAGACGUGCAGCGUUGGUGUGCCACCUGUCACACCCACUUCACCAGUAGCAUCAUGGACCACAGGCGCACAGAGGAGCACAAACUUGCCAGCAGAGCAGCCAUUUCCUCCUGCACAAUCUGCAAGAAACACUUCAGGACCUCCCAGAUUUUUGUGGAGCACUUGCAGUCCCAGGAGCACAGACAAAAAAUGGAGAAGCUUCAGGAAAAGGAGGGUUGUGAGGCCUUGGCCAAGCUGACUGCCAUGGACACAGAUGGCUUUUCGUUGGACGAGGAGGAGGAGGGAAGUGAGGUGGAGGAGGGAGAGGAAAGACAGAGGAAUGAGGAAGACCAAGACUGCUCAGAGAAACAGGAUGGCUGGUCCUCCCUUAAAGAAGUGACUCUUAAGAAAAUGGCCAGUGAUGAGCAGUAUGACCCUGACACAGUCUACGGGUCCAGUUUCUUUGUUCCAGUUGCAGGUUUUAUCUGCAGGCUCUGCAACAAGUUUUACCACUUUGAAUCUUCUGCCCUACAUACCCACUGCAAAUCACUGACGCACUUCGAGAACCUCAAGAGGUACAGAGUGCUGUACAGUCAAAAGGGUGAAGCCGUUGAAUCUUCCAGAGAGUCUCUCCUAGCUUCAGACAGCCUCAGGCCUGUAACAGAAACCACCACAGACUGGUCAGAUGAAAAUGCCCUCUCUGAUGACACUGGUUUAGUGACAAACCUGAACUCCUUGCAGCCCAUCAUUACACUCACCCGACUGCAAAUGCAGACAGAAAACCAGCAACAAGAGAAAGAAUCAGAACCCGACCCGACCUCACAGGACUUCACCACCUCCUCAGCGACCUGCACUGACAGCACAGACCAAGACCUCAGCCUCCACAGCAAAGAGGAAGAGACCACAUCCCAGGCAUCUGUAGCUCAGGAGACUCCUGCUGAGCUGCCUGCUGGCAGCAGAGAGGAGCCAGACUCCGAACCCGCAGCUGCUGUUGAGGAUGCCAAUGAAGAGGAGGAGGAGAAGGAAGCUCCUGCUGUCCCAGGGAAAAAGAACAGCACAGGGAAGGCAAAAACCACGCCCAAACGCAGGUCAGGGAGGGCCACGAACAGGCGCUGAGUCACACUUGUGAUGUGGAAAGACAGGAAACCUGGCACAACCUUAGCACAGGACGUAUCGGUAUGUGAAGAGGUGCUUUCAUCAAAUAGCGACCAAGAAAUGAAGAGACCAGCCUCUCUCCAUGCUGGAAAGUCUGAAUUAAACACACACUGGUUAUGGUGGAACAUGACUUGUCAUGUGAAUUGCUCUCCCAGGGUGGGAAAUUAACACAGUGACAGUUAUCAAAUGCAUUGAUGGUGGUUGUGCCUCUUAAUAUUGGCUCCCAGUUGGACAAUUAUAUUCUUGAGUAGGUCCUCAGCCACACCAUUAAAUUACAGCAGCUUCAGAUAAUUAUGAAGUAUAGACAUCAAGUUCAAACAACCUCGUUCAGUACUCGCACAAAAACUGUUUUUAUGUUGCUAACUUCAUUUGUUAAAUAAGGAGAAGCUCCUUAUUUUGGAUAACCACUAGAAAACCCAGUACAUGGACACAUAAUAUUUUGCUGUGUCUAUACUACAUUCUAAUAUUAAGCAGGUUUUAAGCAUGAGGUGUGUUCACACAGGAAAAGUAUACAGCUGAAUUUUGAUGGGCACUAUUCUGCCACAACUGCAAAACAUAAAAGCAGGUUGUGGAUAAAAACAAAGUUGCAGAUGAAAUAGCUUUUUGAACGACCCAGGUAACAAAAAAUUCUGUCAAACAUUGUGGUGUUUAAUUGGUAAUGUCAUUUCAAAGUCGCAGUUAGACUGACUUGCAAUGGCCGACGUAUUGUGUAAAACAGUUACAUAUAAGGAUGUUUUAUUUUUUUAGCCAUGCGAGUGAUGUUGCGCUAGGGAUAUUUCAGCUGGACUACUAUGACUGUUAGAUGGAUAGCCAUGAAAUUUUGCACACACAUUUAAGAUCCUCAGGGGAUGAAUCCUACUAACUUUGAUUAUCCUCUGACUUGUCCUCUACUGCCAGCAUUCUCACUCAUCCAGUUAAAUAUCACGGCUACAGCAUGAAUUUAUAGAGACAUUCAUGGUUCCCUGAGGAUAAUUCCUCUAGAAUGAAUGACUUCUCCUUGGGUUUGACCAUGAGGUUCACAUUUUUUGGCUUUUAGUGAAAUGUCCCAACAACUUCUGAAAUUUGAUACAUACAUUAAUGACCCCCUCAGGAUAAAAUGUAAAAUGCCUUAUUUUUCAUCUAGUGCCAUCAUCAGGUCAAACAUUUGUUUUUGACUAAAUACUUGAAAACCUAAUGACAUUUCCAUCAGCCUCAACUGUACAUCUCAGAUGUACAAAGCAAAGCUGAAGUCUUAUUUGAACACUGGUUACUGGAUACAAAAGUAUGGAAUUGGGACACACUGACUGAUUUUAAAAUCAUAGAAGCUAAAGGCCAAUAUACAGAAUUCUAAAGGUAUAGUGUGACAUUCAUUUUUUAAACACUUGAGAACACUUUUCGGGUUGCCCCAUAAAUAUUACAAUCCCUGCAAGACUUUCUAUCCAGCAGUCUCUCUGUCCGGCUCAAUGUUAAUUUCCCACCCUGCUGUCCUCGACUUAAGUUUUCUGGAAAUUGUCUAGCUCGCUAGAUGAAUGAUUGUUAACUUAUAAUAACCUACAAGUUUAGAAGACCGUACUGAUGGUGGAGACAUUUUCCACAUUAUUAACCGCAUAGCACACGCUUUUAGCAAGCUGAAAUGUAGAAUGUAACUAAAUUAAGUGUUUGAGCAGUUGACAGCUUUUGAUUAAAAAAAGUGUUAAAAUGGUACUUUUGACUUGAGUGUUGAGAAACGCUGAACCUUGAAACUGAUUGUAGCUUUGUUCAGGGUGUUUUAUCAUCCCUUUUUUAUUUUAGACAUUUUAAAUUCAGGUUGAUGUUGUGUUGGGGACAAAAAAGCUGUCAGCAGCCGUGGGCUUUUCACUGAAAUAGUACUGCACAGAUUCUUAUCGGCCUGCUAUCAGCAAUAGGAAGUUUUUUCUUUUAUUAAGCUUUUUUGAAGAGUUGAAGAAAUCUAAACAGGAGCUGAAUGUCAUAGUUAACACCUGUCAAGAAAAUGUCUAAAAGCUCUCUUACAGCUGCACACAUUCAAAUGGAGAAGUAUGUAUCCUUGAAAUGUUCAGGCAGCUCUUAAAUGGGCUUCUACAGCAGCAGACAGCUUCAUCAUCAUGUCAGGAGCAAGAAGUGAAAGGCUUCUGCUAACAACCGGGCCCUGAAUUUAAAUUAUGAGCUGUCCCUGGCUCCUGUAGGACUUCACAAUCACAGAAGGUUGUCCGCAUAUUACUAUUUUUGAAAUUUGAACGCUUGUCGGUCAAGACAUAAGCUGCUUGAAACUUAAAAUAUUGCAAGGUUGUUUUGUUUUAUUCGUUCUGGCUGGAUGUUGCGGUUUUCAACUUUAGAGGAUUCUUUUAGCUCAGAAUUCAUAAAGAUGAAAGCAUUUCCGUAGAAUUCAUCACAUUUGGUGUCACAUUCCCAUGGACAUUUGUUAAGUGUGCCUACAUUUUAGAAUGAAGUAAUUGUUCCUGUCAUAUUUCCAUGGACGUGCAAUGCUUCUCUAAGCAUUUACAGCACAAAAAUAUAGUAAGUGGUUGUUGGUGCUUAUUUACCUCCAGUUUGCCCUUGUUUUGAUUUUUUACUUCCACCAUGGAGGUUAUGUUUUCACCCUUGUGUGUUUAUUUAUUCAAGUACUGAACCAAUUUGCACCAAACUUGAUGGAGAACAUGGGGCAUGGGCUAGGAAAGAACCCAUUAAAUUGUAAGCGGAUCAUUCGCUUCAAAUUAGCAUUUUUUUUUCUCUGAAGUCUGGUGUAUGUUAUUUAACAUAGGCCUAGGUAGAGGUCUGUGCUCUGAUUGCGCCUCUAGUUUUUUUUUUUUUUUCUGAUUGAAGAUGUUUUGGUUGCGUUGCACUGGACAGUUGGAAUCUCACUUCCCUUAAAGGUCCAAAUAUUAUCUGCAAGGAAAAACCAUGAAGUGUCUGUAGGUAUUUAAUGUAGCAAAGUAUACUUGCAAACCUUCAACUUUGAUGUGAAGCACCAGUAACAUGCAGUAGACUACCCCAGUUACAAGUUAUACAAAUGUUUAACUUUGUUUCCAGCAUUUCAGCAGUCACAUGCCACCAUAAUGCGCAUAUAUAUAUAUAUAAGGAUGUAUUAUUUCCUUCUUCAUGAGUAGUAUAUUGUUCUGGAAACAUUUCAGCCUCCAUAUUAGAGAAGGAUAUUUUAGACCACAAAGGGUUAACUGACGCAUGUAGCAAAUAUUGUAGUCAUGGUGGUGACUGUCACAUGAUUAGUAUUGAGUCAUGUUCUGUCUGAAGGAACAAGACAUGAUCUUCAGCUCUGAAAAGGAAUGAAGCAGGAGAGAGAAAAGGACAUGUAAAGGAUAAUUUCCAACAAAGCUGUAUGUUUCUUACUGUAUUUUUAUUCAGCUACUGACAAACUGAGAUGAACAAACAGGUGUUGUUUUCUAAUUGCUGGAAGUUUAUUGUAUUUUUGGAUGUUUUCUGUUCGGGGGUCAUUUUAAUUUAUAUUAAAACAAUUCCCACACUU